AUGUUGUAGAAUCAUGUUCUGUUUCCAAAGUGUGAAGCAUUGGGGCCCACAAAUGAAUUUCUGGGUCUUGUGGUGUGGGAUCACAAAGUAAAUACUCGAGAGAGUGUUAGCUCAGGCACACAGAGCAUUGAAGAAGCAUUAAGAUUAUGUAAUCUUUAUAAUCAGCUAAUAAUCAGCGACAUUUGCACGACGACCAGCAUCUUGAAUGAGGGUUUCCCUUAGAGAAGCCCCAGUCAAACGGCAUAACGAACAUCUGUGAAGACAGUCGACCUUUGUCAACCGAAGUUUACGAGUAUUAAGAAUAACAUCAUGGUUUCAAAGUGUUUAUUGGAAAUACUAAUAAUUGUCACACAUUCAGUUCUGAUCCAAGCACAAUGUAACCUCGAAGGAGUGCGACUUUGUCUGGAAAACGAAAACAUACCUUCAGAACAAAUAACACAAGAUUUGCAAACGGCAUGCGAGGCAUACAAAACUGCAGAUGCUUGUGUUACCCCAUACCGGAGCUCCUGCGAGUCUGACCCAAUAUUCCAAGAGAUGGUUUCAGGGUUUUCUGAUAUAGGUGGUUUCUGUGUUGGUGAUGCAAGCUGUGAUCCCACCAAGUGCUAUGCCAUAUUGGGUAUAGCACUAACCGGAAGUAACCAGCCGCCACAGAAUGUCAACAACUGUGAAAAAUAUCCAAUAUUCAAGAACUGUGUUGAGACACAAAGAUCUUCAUGUGAGGGUAACAUAAUGUUCUCCAUGUUGGAUGAAGCCUUUAGUCAGCUGACGAUGGCGUGUGUGGAAGGAGAAUUACCAAGUAGUAUGGACAGUGAAAACUGUAAUGUCACGGGGUUUGGAAAUUGUCUAAAAGAAGCAGGAUGGCAACUUUCUAAUACAAAAAAAGUCGAAUAUGGCUGUGAUGUUGUUUCUACAACUAUGUUGUGCGUGACCAAGUUUGAAUCAGGAUGCAGGAAUCAUUCGUUAUUCAAAAUAUCAGUUCCAGCGAUAAAACAGCUACAUAAAGCAUGCAAAGCUGUUUGUAAGGGUGGAGGAUGCCUAAAUGGAUUGGAUUUUCCAGUUGAGAACUGCACUGACAUACAAAAUUCCAUCUUAUGCCUGGAAUCAAAACUUGAGAAUUGUCCACGGAAUAAAGACAUACAAAGGAAAAUUCAGGGAUUGAAAAAUCUUUGUUCUGACAUAUCUCUGAAGACAGGUAUGAAUGCCUUCAAGACUUGUCUUGCCAGCUCAACAAUUAAACAGAAUUGCCAGCAACUCUUAAAACCACCCUUGCAAAGAGAAACCGAAAGUGUUGAAUGCAAAAGAAUAUCUGAUUAUUCAACAUGUGCAAUGAUGGCUUUGCCUAAGUGUGAAAAUGAAGAAGUCAAAGAAUUUGUAUCAGAAACCGCUAAAACACUUGCGAGUCUGAGAUCUAGGCGUGAAGGGGGAGUUCAAUGUCCGUCAAGUGACGGGAGAACACAUUUUCCGGAGUUGUGGAUGGUUCUUUUUGCAGCUUUCCUAACGUGGAUGAAUAUUUUUCUCUAAAUCAACUACCUCAUAUAUUGUGUAUUAUAACAUUUUUAUAAAUAGUGUUCUUGUAAAGCUGUGUUUUGAACAAGUGCUUAGUCAAAUCGUACGGAAGUAUAAAGUACAAAAUUCUU